AUGUCGUCGGUACAACUUCCACUUUCAAGGGGAUCCGUGCUAGAAGCACACGAAUUAAUCAGGUCUCUCAUCCACCGCACCCCCGUAUUUACCUCUACAACGCUAUCAAAGCUCGCAUCGUCGGGUGAUACGAACGUCAACUUACUCUUCAAAUGCGAGAAUCUCCAAAAGAUCGGCGCAUUCAAGAUUCGUGGAGCAACCCACGCCCUCGCCCGACUUACGGACGAGGAAUUGCGAAAGGGUGUUGUGACUCACAGUUCGGGUUAACUUACUCCCUCCCUCUCUCCGCUUCCCCCCUCCUCCCCACUGCCCCUCAUCCCUCCAGCCAGCCAGCCAACCCAACCCAACUCCUCCCAUGGAGGAGCUCGGAGCUAACGACAAAGCAAGGUAACCAUGCACAAGCACUCGCAUUCGCGGCAAGAGAGGCCUCUUCUGCAAGAGGCUUCAAGAUAUCCUGCUACGUCGUGAUGCCGCGCAUAUCCACGCCGUCUAAGAUCGCCGCGACGGAAGGGUACGGGGCGCAGGUGGUCUUUUCGGGGCCCACAUCUGCCGAGCGAGAAGCUGAAGUUAGGGUGGUCAGGGAGAGGACGGGAGCUGUGCUCGUGCCGCCCUACGAUCAUCCGCAUAUCAUUCUCGGACAGGGAACUAUGGCUGUGGAGCUGGCUGAACAGGCGGAGAAGGAGCUCGGGAUGCCAUUGGCUGCCAUAAUUGCGCCCUGUGGGGGCGGGGGAAUGCUUGCCGGCGUCGCAGUUGCGUGUAAGGGCACUGGGGUCAAGGUUUUUGGAGCAGAGCCGAGGGAGGGUGCGGAUGAUGCUUGGAGGGGGUUGAGGGAUGGGGAGAGGGUGGAUAGUGUGAAGAGCCUGACCAUAGCUGAUGGCCUGCGCACUCCGGUUGGGCUGGUCAACUGGGGGGUUAUCAGCGAUAGGAGCUACGUUUCUGGUGUGUAUACCGUCAGCGAGGAGGAGAUCAAGUUGGCUAUGAAAUUGGUGCUCGAGAGGAUGAAGAUCUUGAUCGAACCUAGCUCUGCUGUGCCGGUCGCUGUGGCACUCUACAACAGCGAGUUCAGAGAGGAGAUGCAGAAGCUUGCUCAAGGAAAAGUUGUGAAUCUGGGGAUCAUUAUAAGCGGUGGAAAUACAACUAUUGACCGGAUCAUAGAGCUCUUUGGAGCGAAAAACUAG